GCUGCUGAUGCCACUCCUACUCCGUCUCGUUCCCGGCAGAGAUCCGGAGGCGCCGGCCGUCCUCCGGUUACUCCGACCUCCACCGAUGACAUUCCGGCGUCUUCUGAAGGCGGUGAUGGCUUCGACAUGGAUGACGCCAGGCCUACCUUCGUUUGGGGCACGAACAUCAGCGUUGAGGACGUUAACGACGCGAUUCAGAGGUUCCUGAGGGACUUUCGAGAAGCUUCUUCGUCACAGAAUGAUGAUGACAUGUUGCAGCACUUGCAUACCGAAGGGAAGUACGAGAAGCUUAUCAAACAGGUGAUUGAAGUGGAGGGAGAUUCCCUUGAUGUUGAUGCGCAUGAUGUGUUCGAACAUGACCCUGAUUUGUACACCAAGAUGGUUAGGUACCCUCUCGAGGUUCUUGCGAUCUUUGACUUGGUUCUUAUGAAUAUGGUUAGCAGGAUUAAGCCUAUGUUCGAGAAGCACAUUCAGACUCGGAUUUUCAAUCUCAAAUCCUCCACUACAAUGAGGAAUUUGAAUCCUACUGGUGAGUUUUGAAUGUCUUUGCUCAUUGCUACUGAAAAAUCCGUGUCAGAUUAAGGAAUUUUACUGAUUAUACGGUGUAGCUCAAUCAUACCGGAAAUUAGGGAAGCUAUAUUUAGGUGUCUUGUGUGUGGGAACUGCACCGACCCUGUUGCUGUAGAGAGAGGACGUAUAACCGAGCCAACUAUAUGCUUGAGAGAAGAGUGUCAAUCCAGGAACUCCAUGACACUGCUUCACAACCGAUGCAGGUUUACUGAUAAGCAAAUUGUGAGGCUCCAGGAGACACCUGAUGAGAUACCUGAAGGUGGAACUCCUCACACAGUGAGCUUGCUAAUGCAUGACAAGCUGGUAGAUGCUGGAAAGCCUGGAGAUAGAGUUGAGGUGACUGGUAUAUAUAGAGCUAUGAGUGUCAGAAUUGGAGCAACUCAGCGAACUGUGAAAUCAUUGUUCAAGACGUAUAUUGAUUGUCUUCACAUAAAGAAGACUGAUAAGUCAAGGAUGCUGGUAGACGAUGCUAUGGACAUUGACAAUAGCGAGGGCAGAAAUCCAGAAGAGGUUCACUUUGAUGAAGAAAGGGUGGGUCAACUGAAAGAGCUCUCAAAACAGCCAGAUAUAUAUGAAAGAUUGACAAAGUCAUUGGCACCAAAUAUCUGGGAACUAGACGAUGUGAAAAAAGGUCUUCUUUGUCAGCUUUUUGGUGGCAAUGCUUUGAAGUUGGCAUCUGGUGCUAGCUUCCGUGGUGAUAUCAAUAUUCUUCUUGUUGGUGAUCCUGGUACUAGCAAGUCUCAGCUUCUUCAAUACAUUCACAAACUAUCUCCUCGUGGCAUUUACACUAGUGGAAGAGGGAGUUCUGCAGUUGGAUUGACUGCUUACGUGACCAAGGACCCUGAAACAGGGGAAACUGUUCUUGAAAGUGGUGCCCUAGUUUUGAGUGACCGAGGUAUUUGCUGUAUAGAUGAAUUUGACAAAAUGUCUGACAAUGCAAGGAGCAUGUUACAUGAGGUGAUGGAACAGCAAACUGUUUCUAUAGCGAAGGCUGGUAUUAUUGCUUCUCUCAAUGCUAGGACUUCCGUGUUGGCUUGUGCAAAUCCAAGUGGGUCACGAUAUAAUCCUCGCUUGUCUGUCAUUGACAACAUACACCUGCCUCCCACUCUUUUGUCCAGGUUCGAUUUAAUUUACUUAAUUCUUGACAAGGCUGAUGAACAGACUGACCGGCGACUUGCCAAACAUAUUGUUUCCUUACACUUCGAGAAUCCCGAGAGCAUGGAGCAAGAUGUGAUGGACAUAUCUACCUUGACUGAUUAUGUGAGCUAUGCCCGAAAGCACAUACACCCCCAGCUGUCUGAUGAAGUUGCCGAAGAAUUGACUAGAGGUUAUGUGGAUAUAAGAAGAAGAGGAAACUUUCCUGGAAGUAGCAAAAAGGUGAUAACAGCAACGCCAAGACAGCUUGAGAGUCUGAUACGCCUUAGUGAAGCAUUGGCCCGGAUUCGCUUCGCAGAAUGGGUUGAAAAGCGUGAUGUAAUGGAGGCAUUUCGGCUUCUUGAAGUUGCAAUGCAGCAAUCUGCAACGGAUCACGCUACUGGAACUAUCGACAUGGAUCUUAUUACUACUGGAGUUUCGGCAAGUGAAAGAAUGAGACGAGAAGCUAUGGUACAAGCAACCCGCAACAUAAUCAUGGAGAAGAUACAAAUUGGGGGACCAUCCAUGCGAUUAUUGGAGCUAUUGGAAGAGUUAAAACAGAGCACUGGCAGUGAAGUUCAAAUUACUGAUCUAAAGAAUGCAGUUGCUACUCUCGCCAGUGAAGGAUUCGUUACCAUGCAUGGUGAAAGCGUUAAAAGAUCAUGAAGGUAGAAGUAUCGGUGGUCCCUUUCUUGAUAUUUAAGGGGGCCUACUGGUUGACGUGUUCACCUUGGUCGUCACAAGCACAUUGUCCAAUGUCCACAAUCCACACUAUCUUGCAUUAAUUGUAACCACUUUUUUUGGUAGUAUUUUUCAUUUUAUGUUUAUCCAUGCAUGCACCUGUGGUAGGUGUUAUUUAUAUUGGCGGUUAAUUAGUUAUUUGGUACCCUGUAAAUGUAUUUAGUGGAUUUCAAUCAUUUCAUUCUGUUUUUUUUUUUUUGGCCUAAUAUAACUUGAGUAAUAUUAGUUUCUUGUAAGUGGAAUGGUGAGUCCGAUACAGACCUACAAGGCUACAAUUAAUGGCCCUGGUGCUAAGAAUAUCAUUAUUUCAGUGUUUUUGUAGAAUUAGAGGACCUGCAUACUUAAUAAUGUCUACUUGGAGUUUUGUUG